UGACCUAUCCUUGUGAGCUGGAACGGAAUCCUGCUGGAAAACCCAAUGGCUUCCAGCAAACAGAGUAUCAUUUAGAGGCUUGACAACAGUUUAUAGCAGCUGUUUCAACAAACUCCCCACCAAACCAUCACUGAGGAAGGGUGAUGACCUCUUUCCAUUUUUCCAAUGACUUCCUGGGCUUCUUUAAAGCUGUGUGCGUACACAUGAUAAUUUUGGCGAUUAAAUUUCUCUUCAAUUGUAAAAGUGUUCUCAUCACUAAACAAAAUAUUUCGAUGAAGAACGUUGGUGUAACGGCCAAGCAGCACUUUGCAUAUAUCCACUCUAAUUUUUUUAAGGAUAUGGUUAGCCUCCUGUCAUUAUUCGAUAUGCAUCCAUCCUAAGGUCACUUUUUAUCAUGCGGGACAUUGGUCUGACAGAGAUUCCCAUUUCCCGAGACAU